UAUCACUUUACCUACCUCCGCAGCAUCGAAUCUGACCGGCAAUACCCAAGUUUCUAACUCCCUUGCUAUCCGUACUGCCCAUCAUGGCGGUGCAAGGGCUAGAGCAGACCAUCCUUCGGGAUCCGGCUCUUUUUUACUGGAUUAUGUUUCCGAUCACGGUUGUGAUGAUUCUUACAGGCAUCCUCCGACACUAUGCGACUGUCCUGAUGCAUUCGCCGCCUAAGCCUGCGUCCACCCUGGCCGAGUCCCGAGAGCGCCUCUCUCUGAUCCGUGGUGUCAAUUUGCGCAACCACGCCUGCGCCGUGUUAGACAAGGAGUCGUUCGAGCAGCGCAAGAGCUAUAUGGUUGCUGCUUACCAAAGCGGCGCGUUCUUGAAGGAUCCUGCCAACCGUGGCCAACCCCCGGCGAACCCCAUGACGGACCCCGCGGGCAUGGAAGCAAUGAUGGGCAUGAUGAAAGGGAACAUGAUGAUGAUGAUUCCACAGACCCUGAUUAUGAGCUGGAUCAAUGCAUUCUUCUCUGGAUUCGUGAUCCUUAAAUUGCCCUUCCCUCUUACUAUUCGCUUCAAGUCGAUGCUUCAGUCCGGCGUCUUGACUCGCGAUCUUGAUGUCAGAUGGGUGUCGAGUUUGUCGUGGUAUUUCUUGAACUUGUUUGGCCUCCAAUCUGUUUUUGGCUUCAUCCUGGGAAGUGAUAAUGCUGCCAGCCAAAUGGCUCAACAGAUGGGCGCAAUGAACCCCGCAGCCGGUGUCAAUCCCUUUCAACCUGGCCAGGAUCCGGAUAAGCUUUACCGAAGUGAAGCCGAGAACCUUGAGGUCAUGGAACACUUUUGUAUCCUCGAUGGCAUCGAGGAAAGAAUUCUGCACAAUAUUGCUUCAAAGGAGGGGUUCUGAGUAUUAUCUCUCUCAAGGAUUACCAUUUCUCAUAGUUACUUGGAAGUGUUGGAUUUUCCGCAUACCUCUAGAUUGGGGUUUAUAUCAAUCCAAGACACUUAUUUCAAUAGAAACUAUAUAAAUAUAUAAAGUGCAGAGGGCGCUAUCCUGUUCUGAUAGACAGCAUAUAAAAUAAAGAGAAUCAUCU